AUGGGAUCACCAAUGGCCUCUUUGGCUGCAACUUUGCUUGUCUUAGCAUUUUCUCUUGGUUCUGUUUCUCAAACCACCGCAGAUUACUACUACUCUUCCCCACCACCACCGGUUAAGCACUACUCUCCUCCUCCGCACUACUCUCCUCCACCGGUUUACAAAUCUCCACCACCACCGGUUAAGUACUACUCCCCUCCUCCGGUUUACAAGUCUCCUCCUCCACCGGUUAAGUACUACUCCCCUCCUCCGGUUUACAAGUCUCCCCCACCACCCAAGAAAGACUACGAGUACAAAUCACCUCCACCACCGGUUAAGCAUUACUCUCCUCCUCCGGUUUACAAGUCUCCCCCACCUCCCAAGAAAGACUACGAAUACAAAUCUCCUCCACCACCGGUUAAGCACUACUCUCCUCCUCCGGUUUACAAGUCUCCUCCUCCACCGGUUAAGCACUACUCCCCUCCUCCGGUUUACAAGUCCCCUCCUCCACCAGUUAAGUACUACUCUCCUCCUCCAGUUUACAAGUCUCCUCCACCACCGGUUAAGUACUACUCCCCUCCUCCGGUUUACAAGUCUCCUCCUCCUCCGGUCUACCACUCUCCCCCACCUCCCAAGAAGCAUUACGAGUACAAAUCACCUCCUCCACCGGUUUACCAAUCUCCUCCUCCUCCGGUCUACCGUUACAAAUCUCCACCUCCUCCAUACCACUACUAG